GUGUGUGUUGCGUUUAAGGCGGGGUUGUUGAUGCAGUCUAAAGGAACUUGUUGUCAGUUUUCCUCGGACUCUGAAGUGGGAGCGUCUCUUCUUCUUUUCUUCUUCUUUCUCUCGAGCUGAAGCCGGAUCCUCUCAAACAGACAAAAUGUUUCUGGCAAAGAAUCUGAUCGGAGGAAUCAUCAACAUCGUGAGCAACAUCGACCCGGCUCAGUUGUAACUUAUUCCUUCAGACCCUCCUCCUCCUCGCAGACCGUUCCAGUUCGCCGAGUCCCACGAGAACGAUGAGGAGAAACAGUUCCGGAGGGUUUUCCAACAGCUGGCGGGAGACGACAUGGAGGUGAGCCCCACUGAACUGAUGAACAUCCUCAACAAAGUCAUCUCCAAACACGGAGGCCUGAAGACUGACGGGUUCAGCAUUGAGUCCUGCAGGAGCAUGGUCGCUGUCAUGGAUAGCGACAGCACAGGAAAACUGGGCUUCCACGAGUUUAAAUAUCUGUGGAACAACAUCAAGAGGUGGCAGGGAAUCUAUCUGUCCCACGACGCUGAUCGUUCCGGCGUCAUCGGUGCUGAUGAACUUCCUCGCGCCUUCAAAGCUGCAGGUUUCCCUCUGAAUGACCAGCUCUACAAGCUGAUUAUCCGUCGCUAUAGCGACGAGCACGGCAACAUGGACUUUGACAAUUUCAUUGGCUGCUUGGUGCGACUGGACGCCAUGUGCAGAGCGUUUAAGACUCUGGACAAAGACAACAGCGGCACCAUCGACCUGGACAUCAAGGAGUGGCUCCAGCUGACCAUGUAUUCAUGAAGCUCCUCCUGGACCAAACGUCCCCCGUCCUUCCUCCAUCUCAUUCCUUCUCAUUGCUCUUGUGAGACUUUAUAAAUGUGCAAUUUUGCUUUUGAACCCCCCCUCCCCUCCCUGCCUCCUGCCAUUUCCAUGGUAACGGGACCAAAACUAAAAAGGGUAAAUAGAAUAAAUGAAAUCAAACUCUGGACCAAAGUCAAGCUGCUGCUGCUGCUGCUGCUGCUGCUGCAGUGUCCUGCUGGUGCCAGGCGGUGGCGCUACAACAUCCCCACGCUGCAGAUUUCUGCGUUUUGAAGUCAAACUGUCUGAGUUUGUACGAGGCUGAAAAUCUUUCUGAUGUUUAAAAGAAUAAAGUGACACUAUAAUGACGUUAA